AUGGAUUAUGAGGCUAUUGAAGAUGAAGAACCAGAGACUUGCUUUAACAUAACAAACGUAUAUGGAGUUGGGUUAUUGAUAGAGCAGAAUAAAAUAAAUAUGUUAGAAAGCGAAGUUAUUGAAGGCAUUGAAGAUUGGACAGAUAAGCAACUUCUGGAAAAUAUUGUCCAAUUGAUAGAAGAAAAAAAUUUUAAAAAAGUACGUUGUGUAGUAGCAAAAGUAUCUGAUAAAAGUAUGGAGAGGAUUUAUCGAGAUCUGUUUAAAAUUGUGAUUGACAAAUGCGAUAGUCUUUCUGAAAAAGACAAAGUUCUUCGCAGACAAUAUGAGGGAAUGUUAAUGGUGAUAAAUGCUUACGGGACCAAAGAUGAUUGCUCUAACGAUCUCAGAAAUACUUAUCUCUCAUUGUGGAUCGAUCGACUUAAAGACACUGUGGUAAAAUAUGAACCGGAAGUGAGUGUUUCAAAGAGCAGAAGGUGUGAUUUGUUAGAUGAGCUACUUGACAAGGUUUUGCCGUUCAUGUACGUCCCAAGUACUCACAUGGGAGUAUUUAUCAAAAAAUUAAAUUUGUUGUAUAACAAAUGUAAUCGGAACCUACCUCUUCAUACGCUUACUGUCGUCAGUUCUCUCAAGUCAAAGUUUUGUUCUUUUCCAUUGCUGUAUAUGCCUGAAUAUCGUCUCAAAAUUAUUAUCCCUGCGCUCCAGCAUUCGCUUCAUAUUUCAAGUUCAAAUAUGUUUAAUGUAAGUUACGUGGCUCUUGUUUUGCGCCAUUCUUUGCACUUGGUAAAAAAUGGAUCAGUAGGACGAGAUCAACUGGCAUUUUUCUUGGAUUUUCUGUCUAGUUUAUUAUUAUGCUGUGAAGAAUGGAAUCUUCACAAUGUGCGGGAGGUGUGUGCCGACUUAGUAAGGACUUUUUUGUUCAAAUUUGAGUCUCAAUCUCGAGUACUUAUUAUUCGAGCAUUGUUUAAAAAAAUGAGCGAAUUUGAAACACAACCAAAAUUGAAAACGCAAAUUCUGGCGUGGAUCGUCGAUUUAUAUCGGUUUAAUAUGACUCAAGAAGCUUUUAUAAAGGAACUGGGAUAUUUUUGGAAUGAUAUAAUCACGAAACAUUACUCUUCUCUCAGUGAUGGAUUACAUUUUUAUCUUUCUGCUUUUGUGCUUGCUCAAGAACAAUGUCUUCGCAGAAUGAAGCCAGAAAUUAUAUCAAAUGUUUACUAUCGUUUUUUGCAGCCUUUUCAGGUAAAACGAUUAUCAGAUUGGACAACUUUGCUUGAAAAGCAAGAUGACAUUUUUGAUAAAGAUCAAAAACCUGUGGGAGAUGGUAAUUUGAAGAGUUUAGAAAUGCAAACGCAUCUACAGAUGGAUCGUCAGGCACUACCAUUGCUUCAGUUCCAGUAUCUACAAACGAUAACAUAUGUUUGUAAAUUGUUAGAAGAGGAAAAUAGGGUACUGUGAUU